AUGGCUCACUUGUCUGGCUCCAUAGAAAGCUACAACAGCAGCUUUACUACCACCAGUGCUUGGAACAUCACUGGCAGUGGCCUGUGGUUGUUGGCCUUCAUGCUAACUGUCAUCAUCCUAAUGACAGUCUGUGGCAACAUGUUGCUUAUUGCGUUGGUGUUUGCCCAUCGCUCUUUGCGUUGCACCUCAAACUGCUUCUUGGUGUCUUUGUUCCUGUCUGACCUAAUGGUGGCACUGGUGGUCAUGCCUCCAGCCAUGAUCAAUGUGCUGUGUGGGGCCUGGGUGUUGUGGCCUGCCUUUUGCCCAAUUUGGCUUUGCUUCGACGUCAUGUGCUGCAGCGCGUCCAUCCUCAACCUAUGUGUGAUCAGCCUGGAUCGCUACCUCUUCAUCAUCUCACCGUUGCGCUACAAGCAAAGGAUGACCCCACCUCGGGCGUUACUCCUUGUGGGAGCUGCUUGGGGGUUAGCAGCACUGGCCUCCUUCCUGCCCAUUGAGAUGAAAUGGCACAGCUUAGACCUCAUGGGUGGACACUCAUCCAUUCCUGGGGUCAGCAGUAGCAACAUCAGUUCCUACUCUGACACACUGUACCCAGCAUCCUACUUUCAGCUGUCACCAUCUGGAGGCCUUUCCUUCCAGUGCCGCCUGCGGGUCACCUUGCCCUUUGCUCUCGUGGCAUCUGUUCUCACCUUCUUCCUGCCCUCCAGCGCCAUUUGCUUCACCUACUGCCGGAUCCUUCUGGCAGCGCGGAGGCAGGCGAAGAGGGUUGCAGCAUUGAGCCACCCACCACACCCGCAUCCCUCUCUUGGGGAACCUUCCCGGCCUCCUUCUCCUGGGAUUGCAGCAGCGCAAGCUCGGCAAGAUAGAGAUGACUGCAGGUACCAGGAGCGUCCCGCGUCACAAAAUGUACCGCCGUCAGUGAACAGCGAGCGCCGUCUGGCUCACAGGCAGGGUCGGAGGGCAUUGAAGGCCAGUCUGACCCUGGGAGUUCUCCUGGGGCUCUUCUUCAGCACCUGGCUACCCUUUUUCAUCACCAACAUGGCUCAGGCACUGUGUGAGUGCGUCCCCCUUGCUCUCUUUGACGCCAUCACCUGGCUGGGCUACUGCAACAGCACAAUGAACCCAAUCAUCUACCCGCUGUUCAUGAGAGACUUCAAGCGAGCUUUGGGGAAGCUUUUGCCCUGCUGUUCCUCGCAGUCACCCAGAAGACCCUCACCCGCACUUUCCCUCUCUCUGCGCAACUCAGGAGAGCCCAACAUUGCCAGCAACCCCCCCUCUCCCCUGGCCUCUGACCCCACCCACCCCACUGCCACCGCCACUGAUGCUGUCAACCUGGUUGACGCUGAGCAUGCUGGGAUCGAGUUGCCGCUACUUCUGCCCAAUCAGGUUGAUAGCCUGGAUUGAAUAGCAUUUACAAAAGGGAGCUAAUGUGUUGUGUCGGGGUUUAUGGUGGAAGAGUGAUUCAAGACAAGUACUGAGACUCAGUUCAGUUCAUGACAGUUCACAUUUACUUACCUGGAGUUAUAAGGCUUAAGUCUAAAGUCGA